GACAGAGGACUAUCUGAAGCGGAAGAUCCGAUCCCGGCCAGAGAGAGCCGAGCUGGUCAGGAUGCACAUUUUGGAAGCCUCGUGCACAGAGCCCCUCAGCAUCCCCGGGAGACCCAGCCAUGCUCCUGGGCUGGCGUUGAGUGGCCAGGACCGUGCUGCCCCAUGCUGUGGACCAUGAAAGACCCUCCUUACCUCCCCUCCAGUCAGCCUCAUUGUCAGGGGUGGCUUUGUGACAGGGAGCAUUUGUCAAAGCCUGUGUGUCACAGGAGUGGGCAGCAAGGGCCUUCCUUUUCUCCCUUGCCCUCCUUCACGUCCUCCAAGCUUUCAGCCCUGCGCACAGAGCCACCCCUUGGCCACGUGCUGAUCUGGCCCAGCUUCACCUGCCUCUCCAUGUUGCCAGCACAGGAAGCUUUGGCUCCUGCGAGCAGCAUGAAUCUGCCUACGUUUUGUUUGUGUAGUUUGAGCUUUGGGAGGGCUGGCAGAACCCCCUCAUCUACCACCGUUCUGCAGAUGAAGGCUCUGAGACCCAGAGCAGAGCCCUGCGUUGCUCUAGCACAGCAAGUCCAGUGUAGAGUGGCAGCCGCUUGGCCAUCUGCAGCAGCACUGCCACCUCAAAAUCUUUGGGGAUGUCUUGCACUAUCAUGUGUGACCACAUGCUGCCACGGUUGACCCCUUCUCUUGACCAUGGGAAACUUGAGGCCAGUCCCCCCACCCCCUUUUCUUCCUGGGAUGUGCUUUCCAUUCCAACAGGCAGGGGAGAGUUGCGCCUGGUCCCUAGGUCUGGUGACACAAUCUUUCCCACAGAGACCUCGGCUGAGCCUUCCCUCCAGGCCAAGCAGCUGAAGCUGAAGCGAGCCAGGCUGGCCGAUGACCUCAAUGAAAAGAUCGCCCAACGGCCUGGUCCCAUGGAACUGGUGGAGAAGAACAUCCUGCCCGUGGAGUCCAGCCUGAAGGAAGCCAUCAUCGUGGGCCAGGUGAACUACCCAAAGGUCGCAGACAACUCUUCCUUUGAUGAGGACAGCAGCGAUGCCUUAUCCCCUGAGCAGCCAGCCAGCCAUGAGUCACAGGGCUCAGUGCCGUCCCCCUUGGAAGCCCGAGGCAGCGAAGCUCUUUCCAGUGCCAUCUCUGUGUCCCCCACACAGGCUGUCUCUCAGCUGCAGACAGGCCCCGACUCUGGAGAACCCCUCUUCCUGGGAGAGCGGCCGCUGCCCCCACCUCCAUCUCUGUUGCCCACCAGCCUCCCCAACGGAACCUCUACUCCCACUGCCAAGCCCACCCCAGCACUCAUCAAGCAAAGCCAACCUAAGUCUGCCAGCGAGAAGUCGCAACGCAGCAAGAAGGCCAAGGAGCUGAAGCCAAAAGUGAAGAAACUCAAGUAUCACCAGUACAUCCCCCCGGACCAAAAGCAGGACAAGGGCCCGCCGGCCAUGGACUCUUCCUACGCCCGCAUCCUGCAGCAGCAGCAGCUCUUCCUGCAGCUGCAGAUCCUCAACCAGCAGCAGCAGCAGCACUACAACUACCAGACCAUCCUGCCCGCCCCCCCAAAGCCAGCAGGGGAGACUCUGGGGGGCAGUGGGGGCCCCCCGAUGCGCAGCCUUUCCACCACCACCACCACCAGCAGCAGUUCCAGCUCGGGCGCCCCUGGAUCCAAUGGGCUGACGAGACAGAACAGCGUCUCGCUGACGGGCAAGCCUGGGGCCCUGCCUACCAACCUGGACGAGAUGAAGGUGGCAGAGCUGAAGCAGGAGCUGAAGUUGCGGUCCCUGCCCGUCUCAGGCACCAAGACUGACCUGAUUGAGCGCCUGCGCGCCUACCAAGACCAAGUCAGCACCCCCCAAGGGGCUGCCAGGGCACCAGCUGCCUCCAUUCUGCCCAAGGCCGGCGAGGUGGUGGUUGCCUUCCCCGCUGCCCGGCUGAGCACAGGGCCAGCUCUGGUGGCUGCAGGCCUGGCACCCCCUGAAGUGGUGGUGGCCACAGUGACCAGCACUGGCAUGGUGAAAUUUGGCAGCACGGGCUCCACUCCCCCUGUGUCCCCCACCCCCUCAGAGCGCUCUCUGCUCAGCACAGGCGAUGAGAACUCCACGCCUGGUGAUGCCUUUGGUGAGAUGGUGACGUCGCCCCUGACCCAGCUCACCCUACAGGCUUCGCCACUGCAGAUCCUCAUGAAAGAGGAGGGCCCACGGACCACCGCCUGCUGCCCGAGCCCUGGGGUGCGGGCCGAGCCAGAGGGGCGUGACAAGGACCAGAUGCUUCAGGAGAAGGACAAGCAGAUUGAGGAGCUGACGCGCAUGCUCCGGCAAAAGCAGCAGCUGGUGGAACGGCUACGACUGCAGCUGGAGCAAGAGAAGCGGGCGCAGCAGCCUGGCCCUGGGCUGGCCGCUCCUACUGUGAAGCAGGAGAGUGGCUUUGCUAGCUGCCAGCUGAGCCAGCCUUCUCAGGGCCCUGAAGCUCCCUUCAGCCCCAGCCUGGCCGCCCCCACGGGCCACCACGCAGACUCUGGCACCUUAGCCCUCGCUCCCCAGGCGGUGGUGGUGAAGCAGGAAGCUGGGCUGCCUGAGCCUGCCCCCCAGCUACUCCUGGGCCCCCGAGGCUCUGGCCUCAUCAAGGGGGUCUUACCUCCCACCCUCGUCACUGACUCUACUGGGACCCACCUUGUGCUCACCGUGACCAACACCAACACAGACAACCCCGGCCUGCCCAGUGCUAGUCCCCAGCAGUCUUUAUCCCCACCUGGCUCUCCAGCCCCCGGCCGCCCUGCCCAGAUGGACUUGGAGCCCCCUCCGCAGCCCCUCUUUGGGCCCCCCGUAUCUCUCCUGAAGAAGGAGCCACCAGGCUACGAGGACGCCGUGAGUCAGCAGCCUACACCACAGGAAAAUGGCUGCUCAAGCCAGCAGAUGGAUGACCUGUUUGAUAUCCUCAUUCAGAGUGGAGAGAUCCCAGCCGACUUCAAGGAGCCAGCAGCACUUCUGCCUGAGGAGAAGCCCACUGCACCCACCCCGCCCUGCACCGAGCUUCCGUCUGCAGCGCCCCCUCCGUCGGGCUCACCUGCCCUCCCUGGGCGGCUGGAGGACUUCUUGGAGAGCAGCACGGGGCUGCCCCUGCUGACAGGCGGGCAUGAAGGCCCGGAGCCCCUCUCCCUCAUUGAUGACCUCCACAGCCAGAUGCUGAGCAGCUCCGCCAUCCUGGACCACCCGCCCUCGCCCAUGGACACCUCCGAAUUGCACUUUGUGCCUGAGCCCAGUGGCCCUGUGGGCCUGGACCUGACCGACGGGCCCCUGGACGGCAUGGACUGGCUGGAGCUGUCAGGCGGCCCGGUGCUGAGCCUGGCUCCCCUCAGCACAACAGCCCCCAGCCUCUUCUCCACAGACUUCCUCGAUGGCCACGAUCUACAGCUCCACUGGGAUUCCUGCUUGUAGUUUCUGCCCCCCAAACAGAGCCGGGCACCCCCAAGCCUGAUUCCCUCUGCCGCUGGGAGCCACAGGCCUGCUGCCUCUUCAGGAGACUGAACAGAGUGUCCAGAGGUGGCGCAGCUCGGAGUGGGCAUGUCUGUCGGCUACCUCUUCUGAGGUGCCAUUGUGCAGAGGCUAAUCCUUCCCCCUGCCCCAAGUAGAAACUAUGCUGGGCCUCCUGUCAGCCAACCUCAGUGCCCGCUGGCUGCCCUGAGGGGCUCCCUGCCAUGCUCGUGUCUCGGACAGUGAAGCCACGUAGGUCAGUGGCACGUUUCCUGUACAGGUGUAUAUAGCUCGCAUAGCCACCCACACGCCAGCAGCUUGACUCCAGCUCACAGCAGCCCUCUACGACAGAGUAGAACUGCCUGCAGGGGUCGGAGAUCUUGAUGGAAGCGACUGCCACGUUUCCCUGCCCUCCCAGUUAACAGCCAAGCGCUUUAACCACGGCGCCUCUGACACCUCUAUAUUCACAUACAUCGCUGGGUGGGCGCAGGGGCCGCUCGAAUUGUGGCACACAUGGACAUGGCCUUACCUCUCACGUGUUUGACAUGUAGAUGCCCUGCCACACCUUUCCCAAUUUCCAGCCACCCCUGCCUGUCUGAUCUGUCACUCAAGGGGCUUGGGGUGGAGUCAAUAAUAAGUGCUAGGGCACAGGUGGGGAGCUGUGUGAACUUUUUAAAAUAAAAUAUAUACUGGCUGUU